UUCACUUGGCUCGAAAUGCUGAACAUCUGGAAACCAAAUGUUCCAUUCGAUAAAAAAGAGCAAGAUCAGACAACAGAUCCCAUAGUCUGCAGCAGGAGUAGAGACAGCAUGAUGUUGCUAGGGCUUGCUGUACUGCUGCAGUUGGUGGCUGCAACAUGGGCACAACAUGAUUACUAUUACUCACAUCAAGACUAUGGAAAUGGUGAUCAGUGGUCUAAUCUUUUUAGGCAAGGAUUCAAUUUCCAAUGCCCCCAUGGACAGGUGGUAGUCGCAAUAAGAAGCACAUUUAGCAAAAAAGAAGGAUCAGAUAGACGAUGGAACUAUGGAUGUAUGCAAACACCUUAUGAACUUGGGGAACCUACAGAAUGUUGGUGGGAGGAAAUUAACAGAGCUGGAAUGGAAUGGUAUCAGACGUGUUCUAAUAAUGGGCUGGUGGCAGGAUUUCAGAGUCAGUACUUUGAUGCAGUUCUGGAUAGAGAAUGGCAAUUUUACUGCUGCCGUUACAGUCGAAAGUGCUCUUAUGGUUGCUGGUUGACACAAGACUAUCCUGGACAUUACGGGGAAGAAGUGGACAUGGUUCUGUAUUCCUAUGGUUAUUACAUCAGAGGAGCAACCACAACCUUCUCUGGGGUGGAACGGGAUCGUCAGUGGAAGUAUAUCGUUUGCAGAAUGACCGACUUUAACUGUGAAUUUGAAAACUUCUAGAAUAAACCUGACAGAAUGCUCCGUCAACAUUGGAUAUUCAAAAGGCUUUAUUAUAUUUUAAUUUCUGUUCUUCUUUGUCUAAUUGUUUUAAUAUCAAAUAUAGUUUCUGUACUCUAUGCAUAACAGAGAAAUUGUGCAUGGCGGCAUCAUGAUGGGCACCUUUCAUGGGCGUAACUAGCACAUCUGACGCCCUAGGUCACCACCAACCCCCUUUCCAUCCUCUAAAGCACCACUGUAUUGUCACGUGCACCUGCCCGACACAGUGAGAAGGACAUACCUCACAAUGGCGCUCACCAUUCAGAUUGUCAGGCUUAAAUCAUGUGCUUUAUGGCUACAUUUAUACAUGCAAAUAUAAGUCAUUGUUCAAGGAUACAAUAGAAACAUUCAAGAUUAUUAUAGCAGGAAAAAAAGUUAACUGUGAAAACCACUAUAAUAUUUAUCAGUUAAGAGUAUUAUUAAUGAUCUGUUACACGUAUUCAUGCUGUACUUAGUAUGGUAUACAUAUGUACAAGAAACUGAGCAGCUUUUACUAACUCCGCUAUGUAUAAUACAACAAUAUAAAGAGCAAUAACGUUCUUUAACCAGUGGCAGCCAAUUCUAUCUCAGCUUGGCCGCUCUAGUGUAGCCAAUGUCUGAUUACAUGAGCCACUGUAAAAUGGAAGCCCUACAUUGGAGUUGGGUAUGGGAUACUGGGAGUCAGGAUGCCGGCGGUCAGAAUACCGACACUGGCAUCCCGACUGCUUGAAAUUCCGACAGGGGUGCAGGAGGCAGGUACCGCUAAUUCUAAUCCUCCCUUCCCACAGCCUGACCCUAAUCCCCCCCCUCUCCGCCGAACCCUAACCUGCCCUCUCUGCAGCAUAUCCCUAACCCUCCCUUUCCACAGCCGAACCCUAAUCCCCCCUCGCAGCCGAACCCUAACCUGCCCUCUCCGCAGCCUAUCCCUAACCCUCCCUUUCCACAGCCUAACCCUAAUCCCCCCCCUCUCCGCCGAACCCUAACCUGCCCGUUCUGCAGCAUAUCCCUAACCCUCCCUUUCCACAGCCUAACCCUAAUCCCCCCUCGCAGCCGAACCCUAACCUGCCCUCUCUGCAGCAUAUCCCUAACCCUCCCUUUCCACAGCCUAACACUAAUCCCCCCCCUCGCAGCCGAACCCUAACCUGCCCUCUCUGCAGCAUAUCCCUAACCCUCCCUUUCCACAGCCUAACACUAAUCCCCCCCCUCGCAGCCGAACCCUAACCUGCCCUCUCCGCAGCCUAUCCCUAACCCUCCCUUUCCACAGCCUAGACCUAAACCUCCCCCCGCAGCCUAACCCUACACUCUCCCCGGCAUACUUACGUUCAGAAUGCCGGCGUCGGCAUUCUGUCAGGUGUCGCGAUUCCGGCGCCAGCAUUCUGACUGCCGGGAUCCUGAACGCCGGUAACCCAACUACAUCCCCUACAUUGCAGUACAUAUUUUCACGGGAUCAGUACAAGAUCCCGGCGGAUGGGAUCCCGGCGGUCGGAAUACCGACACCGGGAUCCCGACCAGCACAAUCCCGACAGGGGGGCGAGCGCAAUGCAGCCCCUUGCGGGCUCGCUGCGCUCGCUACGCAGCAGGCACGGUGCAUCGCUACACUCGGCACCCACAGAGGGAGAAUAUGUCAGGAUUGUGCCGGUCGGGAUCCCGGUGUCGGUAUUCCGACCGCCGGGAUCGCGUCUGCCGGGAUCUUGACCGCAUCCCAUUUUCACCUCAUCUGAACCUCUUAAAUGUAAGAAUAUAUUAUUUUUUUACUAAGAUGUAUACACACAGAACUGUCAGUAGUUUGCAGGACAGCACAAAGCUCUAUCUGUGUUAUGAUACUACAAGUAGCAGUCAGUAUUAAAGUAUAUUAUAUAUGUAACAAUUCACAAACGUGCACUUUUGUUUCAGGUAAGAUACAAUAUAUACCCUUACUUGUCAUACCAUUUUCUCUUGUGAUGAACUGUUUUCCUUUAAUAAACAAUUACUAAGUGUA